CGAACGAAAAGGGUUUUAUCUGGCCAUCAAAAUGUGAUGGCCUGGCCCCGCCACGUAGAUUUGGUUGGGUUGGCGGGAAAAAGUUGAAGAUGGGAAUUGGAAGAACUACAGAAAUAGAAGAAAAACCCUAACAAGCCCCGAACUUGAGCAACAGGACGGUGACGUUUUGGGACUUCCGGUUAAAGCAGGCGUACACCGAAACCCCGGAAAAGAUAUGGAAGAUGAAAAGCCUUCAACAGUCAUCUGCACAGUGGUAGCCAUGGAUCACACGAGCUUCUGCUACAGAGUAUGCUCUGUCUGCGAGAGGACACUUCCGGAGAACAGUACCCCUGCUCUCUGCAAAUCCUGUGACUUCAAUGUCUUCAAUCCAGGCUCCUCUAGUUCGAAACGUCUCUACCGUGUUCUCUGUUCCGUUGCGACGGAUGAGAAAGUUUUCGUAGUGAUAUGCUUCGAUAGGGCUGCUAGGGUUCUCUUUGGUUGCUCUGCAGAUGAAUUUUUCGACUUCGCCAAGCUUAACCCAUUUGCAGGUGUGACUGCUGGUAAAGUGCUGGAGGGAGAGAUGUUCCGAAUGACGCUGUCCAAACCAAGGAACGGCAACGCACGGCACCUGCGUGUCACUUCUGUUGUUCCUUUACGCUCAAACUUCCGUCCAGCUAUUGAGACCUUGAAGAGUUUAUAUGGAGUUGGAGCUGGUAUUAGUUCAUUCUAAUGUGCUCUGUUAAUAUUUCCGAGAUCUGGUACACAUUUCUCGACGCCGAUUCUUCUGUAAGUUAUCAGUGGUUGUGGUGAACUUUUUACCUUGGUAUUACAUACUAUGGAUGUGGUGAACUGACAAUUGAAUCAAUUCAAUUCAAUUCCUGGUCUAUUUUUCCCA